UCAUAUCUGCACUAUAAAUAAUUUUGUCCUGAAACUCAUUCAUCAGUCAUCACGUGUAGCAACAUAAUAAAACUAUUUGAUGAACAGAUAACCGAAGCCUUUUCACGGGCAGUGUUCGUGUGUGUUUGACGUUCAUUAAAUGUAAUAUUAUCCCUCGUAGUGAUAGUUUAAAAAAUUUUUUAAAGUGAUGUGGACGUAGGUAAUAAUUUGAAGCUUGUGGCGAUGUAUAGAGGAUCCGCUACACGAACACACUGAGAGUCACAAUGGAGAAGGUCAGACCUAACGAUCCACCCAUCCGUGACUUGGACACGUACAGCUCCAAGGUAGAAUUAGCAUACAAUGGCUCCAGAGAGGACCUGGAGCCCUACGUCCCGUCGGAACACAGGCCACUGGAGUCCAACACAUCGAGUUUCGGUGCCCUAGCGCACUUGCUGAAGGCGUCGCUGGGUUCAGGAGUGCUGGCGAUGCCUCUUGCCUUCAAGAACGCGGGCUGGCUGGUCGGCAGCCUCGGCACCAUCCUCAUCGGGUUCAUAUGUGGCCACGUCAUUCACAUCUUGGUGAAAACGUCACAACAACUAUGUGUAGAAAUCAAGAGACCUUGUCUGGGUUACGCGGACACCUGUGAGAUAGUCUUCAAAAAUGGACCCAAGCCAGUUAGGAAGUUUGCCAAAUUUGUUAGGGAGUUAGCAGAUUGGGCUCUGGCGUUAACACACAUGGGAGCUUGCUGUGUGUAUGUGGUCGUUAUAGCAGAGUCAUUUAGACAGAUUUCAAACGAGUACGGAGGUCCAAAAUGGUCGGUGACCAUUUUCUGUGGUCUCACACUGGUCGUCCUAGUGCCCCUCACUCAGAUCACGAAAUUGAAGUACCUUGUCCCAUUCUCGGCGCUUGCGAACUUCGUCUGGCUCGGCUCUAUACUGAUCUCCAUAUAUUACUGCUUGAGGGACCCUCCAGAUCUCUCAGAGAGGAAAAUCGGAAAUUCCAUCACUGGAAUUCCUAAUUUUAUAAGCACCUGCCUCUUCGCCAUGGAAGGCAUCGGCGUGGUCAUGCCGGUGGAGAAUGAGAUGAUCAAGCCGCAGCACUUCCUGGGCUGUCCCGGAGUCCUGAACAUCGCCAUGACGACAGUCGUGGCCCUGUACGGGUUCGUCGGCUUCUCCGGCUACUUGAAGUACGGAGACGAGGCUAGAGGCAGCCUCACGCUCAAUCUACCUCAAGACGAAAUUUUGGCCCAAAUCGCCAAGAUCUUGGUCGCUUGUGUUAUGAUGCUGUCCUUUGCCCUCAUAUACUAUGUCCCAUUUGAUGUGGUCUGGAGGAAAGUACAAGAUAAAAUUCCGGCAAAAAACCACAGAUGGGCUAUAGCAGCUAUAAGACUAGUAGGCACUUUGUUGAUAGUGGGCGUCGCCAGUGCAAUACCAAGGCUGGAGCUCUUCAUGGAGCUGGUGGGAGCUAUUUGCCUAUCAAUCCUUGGGCUCUUUCUGCCCGCGGCCACCGAAACUGUGUGGCGAUGGGGCAAGCACCUGGGGCCAUGUUACUGGAUUGUGGUCAAAAAUGCCCUGUUGACUAUAUUCUCUGUGGUAGCCAUGGUGUCAGGAGUGGCGUAUUCCGUUAAGUCUAUUGUUGAUACCUUGUGAUAAUUGAGAUCGAUGUAUAUAUAAUUGAAUUAUAUUGUAAGUUAAUUAUAAUUAUGUGUAAAUAUGA